GGUUCUGGGGAGGGAGGGGGAGAGGAAGAGAACGUCCAUCCAUCCCCAACAUACAUUCCCCUCACGAAAAGGGGGGUCUGGAGGGAGUGUGGAAGGCGCAAGGUGCAUCAGGGAGGGAGGAAGAGGAGGAGGAGGAGGGGGCGGGGGAGCCGGAGUGUGAAAAGGCAAAGCGGGGAGCCCCGUCCCUUAUAAGAGAGACAAUCUCCGAGGCUCUUUUGGCAAAAGCGGGCUCCCCACACGCGAGCGCCACGAGCCUCCGAGAUGGACAGCGCCCUCCUCCUCCAGCAGCCUCCUCCUCCGCCGCCGCCCUCUUCCUUCCUGCCGCCCGCCUGCUUCUUCGCCUCCCAGGCGCAGCUCAGCCCGGCGGGCAGCCAAAGCAGCAGCCAGGGCUCCCCCUCUUCCUCCUCCUCCUCCUCUUCCUCCGCCUCCUGCAAAGCGGCCCCGAAGCAGCAGCAGCCUCAGCCGCAGCCUCAACCUCCUCCUCCGGCGGCGCAGCUCAAGCGCCCGCGCUCCUCCUCGCCGGAGCUGAUGCGCUGCAAGCGGAGGCUCAACUUCAGCGGCUUCGGCUACAGCCUCCCUCAGCAGCAGCCGGCGGCGGUGGCGCGGCGCAACGAGCGGGAGCGGAACCGGGUCAAGCUGGUCAACCUGGGCUUCGCCACCCUCCGCGAGCACGUGCCCAACGGCGCCGCCAACAAGAAGAUGAGCAAAGUGGAGACGCUGCGCUCCGCCGUCGAGUACAUCCGCGCCCUCCAGCAGCUCCUGGACGAGCACGACGCCGUCAGCGCCGCCUUCCAGGCCGGGGUCCUCUCGCCCGCCGCCCUCGCCUCGCCCUCCCGCUACUCGGCGCAGCCGCAGCCGCCCCACGGGCUCAACUCCAUGGCCGCCUCGCCCGUCUCCUCCUACUCCUCCGACGAGGCCUCCUACGAUCCGCUCAGCCCCGAGGAGCAGGAGCUGCUCGACUUCACCAACUGGUUCUGAGCAGAACUUGUUGGAAAAUCUCAACUGCCACUUUCUCCUUUUCAUUGUGGAAAGGAGCAUACAGUCGAACAGUGAAGCACAGAAGGAGUUGGACUUCUCCAAGAAAUCUGAAGCACUCCGGGAUUCUGCCUUUGCACUCCCUGCUGUUUGGCAUGGCAUGAAGCUCAAUCUCUUGUAGGUUUAUUGGGGAACAAGGCCUACUGAGUUGAAUGGGGCUUCCUCUUUCCAAAUAAAUGUGCAUAACAAGUGUUCAGCUUAAGGGCUUCAACCUUGCACAGGAGUAAGCCUUAUUGAAUUCAGUGGGAUUCGUGUUACUCCCAAGUAAACAUGCAGUGGUUCAGCUGCAUUAGAACCAACAAGGGACCAAUGAUAUGUUGGAGCAUCGAUCUGCCUAGUCUCUAUUGCAAAAUUUUAAAGAACACUGCCUGUUCCAUAUCAGUCUUCAGUAGAGCCAUGAGCUUCCCUUCCUGUCAAAAUAAACACAGUAUUGCCCCUUUUGUCAAAGGGGCUUGCUCACUGCUUUAUAUUCCCAAAUUGCAGUGCAAUCUCAAGCAGAUGUAUGGAAACUAUUUCCUAGUAAGUGACCUUAGGAUUGCGGUCGUACAGACUGAUCUUAUGCACACUUACUACAUUCAGUAAGAUUUAUUCUUAAGCAAAUGUAAAAAGAAUUGGAACCCUAGUUGCCUAAUAUAGUGGAGAUUCUGAAAAUCAAAUCUACCCUGUAUUCAAAGAAUCCUCUGAAGUGUCCACUCUCCUGUUUACCAUUCCCAGCUUAAAAUGCUUCCAAUUUUUCUUGUGAACUUUUUAUUAUAUAAAAAGUCUAUUUGUAUCAAUCCUAACCAAUUUGGGGGAUAUAUUAAGCUAUUUUUGUAUAUAAGAGACAGAGAAAUUUAUAGACCUUUUUGUACAAAUGGUUUAAAAUGUGUAUAUCUUGAUAACUUUUUACAAAUAUGUAAUGCUUAUUACCUCUUCAUAUCUAGAUGCGUAGUCAACUUGACCUUACAACUGCCAUGUUUUUGUUAUGUGGUUUUGUAAAGGACUUGGAAAUGCCUCCAGAUGUACUUUAGCACCAAUGUGUCUUACUUUUUUAAAGCAACUUUGCUAAUGUAUUAAUAAUGUUAUUAAACAAUGUUCAGAGUGAACAAAGUUUAUGCAGCUAUUGUCCAAACACAAAAUGGCAGCUAUUUAUUUUACAAGCUGCUGCCUUUUGAAGAAAAAGAAAAGAUGGGGGGGAAGAAAAACAUUUACCACUGCCUUUUCAAUGUGGUUUUAUUACAAACUUACAAAAAGUCAUGUAUAACCAUGUUUUAUACAAGCUAGUUUGGUAAUAAAACUUUUGUUUUCCAUUAAAAA